AUGGAUUCUCCUGACCGCUAUCAUAAGAUUAUGAUGUUUGGAAAUGAGACCCUGGAUAGCAAUGGGUCAAAGGCGCUGAUCGAGCAGAGUUAUCGCCAGUUGAUCGGUGCAGGCAGUCUGCCGGAAGCAACUGACAAGGGCCUUGAAUGGCUCCACUUUGCAUACCAUGGAUCUAUUAACAUCCGGGCCUCUGUCGAGGACUUAAAAGCUGGCUUUAUUCAGGAACUUUAUUCUCUGCAGGGUUAUCUAUCCACUUGGUAUACGGGUGCGGCUUGGUCCGCGCAGUUACAUACUCCCACAUGGGCUUUUUCGGACUCUGUUAUCCCACGGUUGAUAGAGGGCCUGUGA